AUGGGCGAAAUGCCAGAGUCAGGGUACGAGACAACAGCUCAGAAAAAGCCCCUCGGAAUCAGAUUUAUCGAGUGGAUAAAAAAAGGCACUCUUUCCUACAAAACCUACCAAGUCAUCGUCUUGGUCGUAACAUUUCUAGCAUACGCCGCCUACCAUGCGGCCAGGAAGACGACAAGCAUUGUCAAGAGCGCUCUGGACCCUGCAUCCUCGAAGCUCGGCUCGACAGCCAAACUAUGGGAGAUCAAUUACGUGAGCCAGCCAACUGAAAGAAAACCCAUCACGCUUCCGUGGGCGCUUGGUGAUGGAUGGGCGCCAUUUGAUGGCGCCAAUGGAACUGGCUUGCUGGGAGAAGUCGAUCUCGCGUUUCUAGCAGUAUAUGCGAUGGGGAUGUACUUCUCGGGGCAUUUGGGUGACAGGAUGAACUUGAGAAUCUUCUUGACUAUUGGAAUGGUGGGCACUGGAGUGUUCACUUCACUCUUUGGAGCUGGAUAUUGGGCAGACAUCCACAACUUCUAUUACUUCCUGGCGGUUCAAAUGCUCGCUGGGUUGUUCCAAUCGACCGGUUGGCCUUCGGUUGUUGCAGUGGUGGGGAAUUGGUGUGGGAAGAAGAAGAGAGGUUUGAUCAUGGGGAUUUGGAAUGCUCAUACUUCGAUUGGCAACAUCUCAGGGUCUUUGAUUGCUGCUGCUAUGUUGAGCUAUGGUUGGGGUUGGUCGUUUGUUGUGCCUGGUUUUGUGAUUGCCUUUGUUGGAUUGCUUGUGUUUCUGUUCUUGCCGGUUAAUCCUUCCUCGGUCGGAGCUGACCGAGUUGAGGAGGAUGAAUCGAGCUCUCCGAAGAAGAGUAAUGGAGAGGAAGUGGGGCUCACUGAGCCUUUGCUGAGCUCGGGUUUCAAAGGUAAACAAGAAGCAGUUGGGUUCAUUGAAGCAUGGAAGAUCCCUGGAGUUGCUCCAUUCGCACUGUGCCUUUUCUUCUCCAAAUUGGUUGCCUACACUUUCCUCUACUGGCUUCCUUUCUACAUUAGCCACACAGCAAUUGAUGGGAAGUAUCUCUCAAGUGGUACAGCAGGCAACUUGUCGACCCUGUUCGAUGUGGGAGGCGUGGUCGGAGGGAUCCUAGCCGGCCACAUUUCGGACCGUCUCAAUGCUAGAGCAAUUACCGCCGCAGGAUUCAUGUACUGUGCAAUUCCAGCACUCUACUUCUACCGCAGCUAUGGCAAUGUCUCUUUGACGAUGAACAUCGUCCUCAUGUUGAUUACCGGAAUGUUUGUGAAUGGACCUUAUGCACUCAUUACAACAGCAGUCUCGGCUGAUCUCGGAACGCAUAGCUCGUUGAAGGGGAAUUCGAGAGCUCUGGCUACCGUGACAGCCAUUAUAGAUGGAACAGGGUCAGUUGGGGCAGCAAUUGGACCAUUGCUGACAGGUUACAUCUCCGCAACGAGUUGGAGUGCAGUUUUCACAAUGCUGAUGGGGGCAGCUUUCGUUGCCGGUCUGCUGCUGACUAAGCUUGUGAUCGCCGAGGUGGGUGCCAAGAUCGCCGAGUCCUCGAGGUCUCAGGAGAGCUCGAGCCCGUCCAGUCAUCCAGUGGCCGAACUCGACGUUUGA